UUUGCUUUCCAUCAGGAGCAUCGUCGGUCAGAGAGGGCUGAGAUCCAGAGGGUUAGAGCAGAGAAGGAGAAGGACAGACAGAACAGGAUUGCGGAGGAACGUCACAGGAAAGAGGAAGAGGAAGCCAAGAAGAAGGCUGAUGAUGACGCCAAGAAGAAGAAAGUGCUUUCUGGCAUGGGAGCGAACUUCGGAGGCUUCCUGGCCAAGGCUGAGUCAAGGAGGGGCAAGCGUCUAACAGGCAAAGAGAUCAAGAAGAAGACCCUGGCAGAGAGACGGCAGCCGCUGGGCAUCGACAGUUUGAGGGAGGAUGGGCUCAAGCAACGGGCCCAGGAGAUGUGGAACUGGAUCUACCAGCUGGAGUCUGAGAAGUUUGACUUCAUUGAGCAUAUGAAGCACCAGAAAUAUGAGAUCAUCGUGCUGCUGAACAGAAUCCAACAUGCUCAGAAAUUCAAAAAGGUCCAUGGUAAAGGGAAGGUGGGCGGUCGCUGGAAGUAAACGGAGGGGGAAAAGAUGAGAAAGAAAAAAACAUUGAUGACACAGUUUAGGAAUGGGCCUCUCUAUUAUCUUCUAGUGCCAAAGCCGCCCUGUAGGCCUUUUCUGUGUAUACGACAGAUAUUGAAUGUAUAAAUUGUAUUGAUAAUUAAAACCAGAUGCAAACACA